CGACCUUUUAGCUUGACGAGUUCCUUUUUCUCUAUGAUAUAAGCCUACCAAUGAACGCUGCUCUAGCAUCCUUCCUAUUAUGCACCAUAAAGACAAAAGAAAUCUACACCCCUGAUACCCAAGUCCUUCUCCCUGAAAGCACACACAAGCCCAUAAUUCCAAGAUCAAUCCAAUCAAGCAAGCUCCACCCUCUCCAUCGUGUCUCCCGUCCCAUCCCUCUCAUUCCUCAAACUCUUCGACAUCCUGCCCUCACGUCUCAAGCUCCUUGACCCCUUCCCCAAAUAAUCCUCCACAAUUCACGCCGUCGCACUCACCGACCCAUGACUCCCC